UUGACCCAGAGCCGUACAUCACCGCCUGCACAGACACUUUGUGUAAAUACCCGUCGGUGGACAAUAUGAAAUGUCAGUUUGUGGAGGCGUACGCCAAGUCCUGCAUCCUGAGAAACAACGUCACACUGGAGGGCUGGAGGGCACUGACCGGCUGCUCUGCUGUCCCCUCCCUGUCAGCAGCACUGCAGUGCUCAUGAGUUCUGUGGACAGAAGCCCGGUGGGACCCGCUGCUUCUGUCGGGCGCUGUUCGCCUCCAAGUACAAGUCAACAAACUCUUUCGGCGAGCCGACAGUCUGCAUGAAUAACUCUGCCUCUCUGACUCUGGCUGGAUGUCUGCUGGAGGACCAACACAUCGACUACUCCAUCUUACACCUCAAGGACCCGAGCUGCAAAGGUCACAUGGACAACCAGAACCACAUGGUGACUUUCAGCUUCGACAGCAGCAACACCUGCGGGUCGGAGGUCACGAUGAACAACAGCCAAGUCAUCUACAAGAACUCCAUCGUCACGAUGAACAGCUCUUUGAGUGGGAUCAUCACACGCCACGACCAAGUCCAGAUCGACUUCUCCUGCCACUACACAGAACCUGACACCAAGAGUGUGUCCUUCAGGAUCACAGACAGCUCUGUGGUGCAGGAGAUUGUUUCUGGACUUUGGAAUUACACUCUGAUGAUGAACGCCUACAUCGACGCCGGCCUGCUGCAGAAAGUCUCUCCGAGCACUGAGAUCCAGCUGAACCAGAAGAUCUGGCUGCAGCUGAAGACGCAGGGGCUGGACGCCAACAUGCUCGCCAUAGUGACCGACUCCUGCUGGGCAACCAACCAGCCAUCACCUGAUGCUAGUCUGCGAUACGACUUCGUCAUUAAAGGAUGCCCGAACCCUGCUGACAACACGGUGAAGGUGGAGGGAAACGGAGAGGGAACGUCCAACGCCUUGUCUUUCUCCAUGUUCGAGUUCUCUGCGAAAAAUAACGAAAUCUACCUGCACUGCAAAGUGGAGCUGUGCGUCAAAUCAGGGAACUCCUGCGUUCCGAACUGCAGCGGUGCUACCAGGAAGCGCAGAUUUAUUGCGUCUCAACAGGCGGAUGGAAAGCCAGCCCUCAUCACGAUGGCCUUGAGUAGAUAAAGACAUCCAUUACAUGGUGAUUCCUGACUUUAUUAUUAUUUCUGCAGAAAUCCAGUAUAAGAAUGUGAACAUUAAAACGGUGAUUAUUAUUAUUAGAUUGAAGUUACGACAAGUGUUUCAGUUACCAUGUUGUCUUUAAUUACCGUGAGGCUGUUGUACCAUUAUUAUGUUUUUAUUACUAUUUGCAAAG